UUAUAGCCGUCCGAUUGCCCUUCAUUUCGAAGGGCAAGCUAUGGCGGGAAUGUCCGCCUUAGGUUAUUUCGUCCUCCUCUUCGUCGCAUUCACGGGGCUCGAUGGCGCCGUGGCAUCGGGAGCUCGAGCCGGAUUCGCCGUCUUCGGGCAUGUAGACAUCAAGCUCGAGAAUUUCAGCAGUGAUUUGUGCCCGCUACAGAUCUCGGUGUCCAUUCGUGAUCAGGUGUGGAGGAGCUUAUUGGCGAGCAAUUUCUAUGUUCUCAAGGUUCCAUUGGAGCCCUUUCUUGGGUCUCCGGGAAUUGUUGAGAUAGAUGUCUCGACCGAUCAACAAGCUCCGAUUUUAUGGUGGCGGGUAUUCGUCGUAGAUGAUUCUGGGGGUUACCAUGCGGAUGCUGUUCUUACGGGACCAGCUCCAGAAAAAUGUUCGUCCCAGACAGUGGACGAACACGAGAGUCCCGGAAGGCUUUUACCAGUAGUUGCUUUGCAAUCACAUUUCCAACGACUGGAUCUCUGUCUUCCAAGGGACGAGCCAACAUGCCCAAACUCAUGCGAUUCUGGUGAAAAUCUCACCUUACCUUUACGGGAUUCAUUGCUUGUUUCUUCAGAAGAAGAACAAGAAGACGAAGAAGAACUAAGCUGCGCAUGCUGCAUGCUCUUCGGCUAUCAGGUUCUCAAGUCCUGGCACCUGGCUUCCAUUGCAGUUCUUGGAGCCGUGAUCCACGCGAUCAUCCUUUUUCUGAGGAUCAUUCUAUCUUUCCAACAACCGGGUCACUCAUAUCUUGUCAACGAACAUGCCGCUGGAACUUGGGAGCUGUGGACACCUGUGUCAAAGAGGGGCCGGCUAGCUCGACAACGCAACGUUCUGGCAUCAGGAACAGGCUGUUUUGACAAGGCGUGGUCAGAAGCACAGGAUUUGCUCUCCAGCUGCGUCUACGAAGAAGGGGCAUGCUUCACCUACAACUGUGGCUCACACCAAAAAUCAGGAAAGUGGAACAGAGAUAAUUUUGGUCGACUAACGCGCUCUUGAUAGAAGGGGAAAAAUUAAAAACAGGACA